UGUUUGAUCCUGACUUCUCUGACCCUCCUCUUGUUCAAAUGUCCAAGCUGAUAAGACAGAUUGAACCCAUAGCCCUUCUGCAUCUGCUCAGUUUAGUGUGUAUUGCUAGAAAGAGUUUAUGUGAUCAGCACAGGACCAACCAGCACUGUCCAGACAGAGGUCAGGGGUUUUGCAUCCUCCUAGAGCAGAAAGAAAACUCCUUCGACAAUCUUUAACCAGUGCUCAGCUGACUCACAAGACUGCUCUAACUGCUGAUGAGAAAAGGUAUUUAUCAGUUUAUAUUUACUAA